GCCUUGGGCGGCGAGCAUGCUUCCGCGCCUGCUGUUGGCGAGAGUUCGGUGCCCGCUGAUCGCCCGUCCCCCGCGCGCCCUCCUCCUCCUCGCCGCCUCCAUGGCUGCCGGCACGCGCGCCGCCGCUCGGCAGGGUCUCAUUCUUGGAGCCUUUGCCAGUGACCAUGAUGACCAACCUUCUCAGUUGUCUGAUGCAGGAGAGGCUUUUGACAAACAAGUCAAUGGGAAGCUGAAGGAGUUACUGGCCCUUUCUGGACCACCUCUGAAGAAAGGGAAGACCCGCAUCUUUCAUGGUUUGCAUCAGGUAGGGGGUAAAUAUUUAACUAACUUAACCUUGUGCCUCUUAAUUUUUAAAGAGAUUUUUUUUUUGCUGGAAGAAGUGUGUGGUGGAGCUUUGAGGAUUUCCUGCUGA